UGGAGCGACCUGCCCGCGCCGCCGCCGCUGCUGCCGCGGCACCUGUGAGUCUCCACGCGAAUAAAUAGCCGCGGCUGACUAUGCCGAGUUAAAGAGCAUCUGACUUGCGCCCUGUCCCAUGAUGGCACGCGAUGUUCUAACCGUGGACGCUUUCACGGGCAAAGCGAUGCCCAGAGGCGAGCCGUGUACAUGCAGCGCCAACUGCCGGAGUCGGAGCAGCAGUGUCGUCUUCCUCGGAUUAUUCCUGCUGUCGCUCUCCCUGCACGCGGUCACGCUCGUCUGCUACUUGGACCUGCGUUCGGAGGUCAAAAGGGAAAUAAUCCACCAGAAACGAGACUCCACGCUGACACUAGCGGGGAGCGACUCGGGCAACGCGGCGUCCGUGGUACUCCCGCCCGAACCCCCGCGAUUCGACCCCAGCACCAGCCUCUCAGCAGAUGAUCCCGAGGAGAAAUUACUGCACAGAAAUAGUGACACCCCUGCCACAGAAGAUAACACGGGCAUAACUCAAAGGGAGAAAAGAAGUCCCGGCAAGCAGCCAGAAACAGAAUCAACAGGAAAGGAAAAAAGGAAAGAGAAGAAAAAAGGCAAGAAAAGACCAAUAUCAGGCCCUCCUGGUCCUCCCGGUCCCCCAGGUCCCCAGGGGCCUCCGGGAAUUCCUGGAAUCCCUGGCAUCCCAGGAAGUAAUGCUGUGGGUCCUACAGGACCUCCUGGCCCCCCUGGACCACAGGGGCCUCCAGGUGCUCAAGGCCCAGCAGGAGUUCCUGAUAGGAUGAAAACAAAAGAAUUCCAGCCCGCUGUGGUCCAUUUGCAAGGGCAGGAAACAACCAUCCAAGUAAGAGAAGAUCUUUCUGAAGGUAUCCUCAGGAACUGGAAGAUGGUGUCCAUCCAUCACCGUGUGUUUAAAAUGCACUCUCGCUCUGGAGAGCUAGAGGUGCUGUUGGACGGUGUCUACUUCAUAUAUAGUCAGGUAGAAGUGUACUACCUCAACUUCACAGACAUCGCCAGCUACGAAGUGAUGGUGGAUUCCAACCCGUUUCUCCGCUGCACCUGCAGCAUUGAGACAGGCCAGCGCAAGUUCAACACCUGCUACACAGCUGGGGUGAGCCUGCUACGUGCGGGCCAGCGAAUAUCCAUUCGCAUAGUGUAUGAAGACACGCUCAUCAGUAUGACCAACCACACCACUUUUCUGGGAAGUGUCAGACUUGGAGAGGUGCCAUCUGCUGGACAGAACUGAUAACUACACAAGUCAGCCCUCAACGCAACAAGUUUGUCUGCAUUUGAAGAAAUGGUUAGGUCUGGAAGCUUCCAGUCUUGCCCUGUGAGAUCCUGCUAGGACACAGUGAAACCCUGUAGGGUGAUAAAGUUGAGGAUCACUCAGGUUUACUAUCACAGUCUUGUAGUAAGGAGGACAUAAUGGACUGUUCUUCUUGUGCGUCCACUGAUUCAGUGCUAUCGACCUUGAUGAGCUGAAUGUCUGUUGGCUAUUCAGACAAAUGUCACUAAUUAUAGUCCCCAGCUUCUCUUCUCUUCUCCCUCCCUCUCCCUCCAUAACAAGGAAUGAUACUGCACAAACAGGUAUUUUAAAUUAACAAUUUGUAUCUCCAAAAAGGACUAGGGAUUCGAAAUUGUGAUAUUUUGUUUGCUUGUACACUACCACUACUUAACUUUAUUAAUACCUAUUUGUGGUCUACCAUAAAGAGCUCUAGAUUCUACUAUAGCUCUAAAGUUAAAAGAAACAAAAAAAGUUGAGAAACUCCAUGCAAUGGGAGUCAAGAGGUAUUCAAAGAGCAACAGCACUAUAUAUUUUGCGCACAUUUUGCACUACAAUAUCCCUGCAGAAUAUCAGUGAUGUGUUCUGUGACAGUGCUAUUGUUGAGUUACUGUAUGAAUGCGUACAUGUAGAAAAAUGAUUUUUGUUUAUACGUCUGUGUACAUAUUGUAUAUAAAAAUGGGAUAUACUUUUGUAACUUGAGAGGAUUGAUGGAUUAAAAUGUUUU